AUGGGCUUUCUGCGCAAGAAAGGAGCAUUUGUGGAGGGGGAGGAAGAGGUUGGAGAGAUUGUCCUGGGCUCUCCCAAGCUGUUCAUUGCUCCUGCAAUCCGACUUUUAUGGACUGUGCAGGCAUCUGGCCAGCCUUGCAAGAGCUCCUGUCCGCAGGACCUGCAUCGCCGCCUGGAGCAGGCCCGCUACACACCGCAGCUGGAAGGGGCUGCCUUCCGCUACGGCUUCAACUCCAUCUACCUGCAGAAGGUGGUGGCCUUCUGGAGGAACCAGUUUGACUGGCGCAAGCAAGUGGAAAUCCUGAACAAAUAUCCCCAUUUCCGAACCACCAUUGAAGGGAUUGAUAUCCAUUUUAUCCACGUGAAGCCCUCCUAUGUCCCUCACGGUCGAGCUGUUCAACCUCUGCUGAUGGUCCACGGCUGGCCUGGCUCCUUCUACGAGUUCUACAAGACUAUCGCUCUACUCACAGAGCCAGCUGAGCAUGGCCUGAAUGAGGGUGACAUGGUGUUUGAGGUCAUCUGCCCAUCCAUCCCAGGAUAUGGCUUCUCUGAGGCACCACACCAGAAAGGCUUUGACAGCAAAGCAACUGCUCGGAAAUUUCAUAAGCUGAUGAAUAGAUUGGGCUCCAAAGAAUACUACCUACAGGGAGAAGACUGGGGAUCUCUUAUUACCACAAACAUGGCCCAGAUGCUGCCACAGUGAGUAGCAAAGGGAAUCAGUGCAGAGAAGGUUUCUCCAGUUCUUACCCUACCUUCUGGCUCCACGGUCCGGGUCCUGCCUUCUGUUUGCC